AUGGCGCAACUUUGGGGAUGGAUCUCUGUAUACUGCUUGCUUAUUCUGUCGUUUACGGUGCGUUCACUUGGACAGGAGCAAUCAGCGUUCUGUGAACACAGUUCUCUCGCGCGAGAAUGCUGGGGCCAGUAUAACAUCUCAACUGAUUACCACGCCAUCACGCCUGAUACGGGCGUCACCAGAGAGUACUGGCUCGUCGCGGAGAAUACAACCCUUGCACCAGACGGGUACGAGCGACAAGUCCUUGUCUUCAAUGGGACUCUGCCGGGUCCCUUGAUUGAAGCCAACUGGGGCGAUGAGCUCGUUAUUCACGUUACGAAUGGGCUCGAGCAUAAUGGAACAGCGAUUCACUGGCACGGUAUCUGGCAACGCGGAACGAAUCAAUAUGACGGUGUCCCAGGCGUGACCCAAUGCCCCAUCUCUCCAGGCCAAACAUACACCUACCGGUUCCGCGCAACGCAGUACGGGACAACCUGGUAUCACAGCCACUUCAGUCUCCAACUCGCAGAGGGUCUCUUUGGACCCCUCGUUAUCCAUGGCCCAGCGAGUGCAGACUAUGACGUUGACCUUGGUUCCGUGUUUAUAAGCGACUGGUACCAUAAGUCUGCAUUCAUACUCUGGGAGGAAUCAACCCGCUAUGGGGGGGUUCCCGUCAGAGCCAACGCCGUUCCGCCAACGGGACUCUUUAAUGGGAGUAAUGUUUUCGGCGGAGGCGGGAGGCGCUCUGAGAUGAUUGUCGAGAAGGGGAAGAAGUAUCGCCUUCGACUAAUCGACAGUUCUGUAGACGGGUGGAUGAAGUUCUCUAUCGACGGGCAUAAACUGACCGUCAUAUCGGCGGACCUCGUCCCUAUCGAACCGUACGAGACCGAUGCGGUAAUCCUCACCUCGGGACAACGGUACGAUGUGGUCUUCGAGGCGAACCAGAAAAUAGGGAACUACUGGACUCGCGUGAUUUACCAAACAGCCUGUAACGGGCUGGAUAUCAAGGAUCCUGAUAUACGUGGUAUACUCCGGUACGCAGGCGCUGAAAUCUCCGACCCUACAAGCUCGCAGUGGUCGUCCAUCCGCAAUUCCUGCGGCGAUGAGCCCUAUGAUAAGCUCGUUCCGUAUGUGAAACGGACAGUGGGAAAGGCUGCCGGCCAGGAGAACCUUAACGUGGGUUGGUACUAUGACCUGCCAGAGCUGUACUUUCACUGGACGCUCAAUACAAAAGCCCUGACGAUCGACUGGGGAACUCCGACGAAUAAACUCAUCUAUAAUAACGAGUCUGUCUUUCCAACGGAAUACAAUAUCUACGAGGUGCCAAAUAGGGAUCAAUGGACGUACUGGGUCAUUCAAGAUGUUGGACUCGUCAACGCCUAUCACCCUUUCCAUCUACAUGGUCAUGACUUUUUCAUCCUUGCGCAGGGGCGGGGGCUUUAUACACCUCUCGUCAAGCUGAACCGUGAUAACCCGCCCCGAAGGGAUACGGCCACGAUGGCAGGGAACGGGUUUCUUGUCAUUGCAUUCGAAAGCGAUAACCCGGGAUCCUGGUUGAUGCACUGCCAUAUUGCCUGGCACGCAAGCCAAAGCCUCGCCCUCCAGUUUGUCGAGCGUGAGUCGGAGAUUGGGCCCUUGAUUGAGCCGGUUAUUGGCGAGAUUGAGAGUGACUGUAAAAAAUGGGAGAAGUACCAUGCGGAAUCCGUCUACCAUCAGGAUGAUUCUGGUAUCUAA